AUGCAAGUGCCGGUUCUCGGCUGCACUUUCCUCACGCUGUCAGAUCGUGAGGAAAGUACUGCCGAGAACCGGCAGUUGUCAGAGCGGGGAUCGGCACCGAUCAUCAGGGCACUGAUGAUCAGUGCCCUGAUGAUCGGUGCCCAGCAGUGCCACCCGCAAGUUCCGCCCACCUGUGCCCAGCAAUCACCCACCUGUGCCCAGCAGUGCACCCACCUGUGCCACUCUGCAGUGCCACCUACCUGUGCCCAGAAGUGCCACCUACAUGUGCCCAGCAGUGCCACCCACCUGUGCCCACCCACCUGUGCCCACCAGUGCCACCCACCUGUGCCACCCACCUGUGCCCAC